AUAGUUUGAUAAAAAAAAACAUUCCAGACUGCAAAGGUUUGACAAAUUUCUUAUCUACCUGAUAUAACCGAGUCACCCUUAUUGUUGCAAAACAAUGUCCUGGCGAUAAGUUCAUAGAAGAAUUUUCGUCUCUUUCAAAUGUUCUACGUAUAAAUACUUUAAAAAAGUGUCGAACUUCAUCAUUUCUGUCUCAAAUUUUGGAUAGUCAAGAAAACAACGUGAAAAUGUUUAAGCUUUUAGUUUUCUUCAUAGUAAUAGUAUCAGUAUUAUCGGCUGAAAUACCAUCGCCCGGGAUACUAAAUAAGGAGGACACAUUUAAACCAGAAAUUGAGGAAGCAAUUGAAACCCAUUCCAUUAAUAAUAAAAUAUCAAAUUCUGGACAAGAACAUUAUCCUGUAUAUAGAUCAGAGGAACAUAGUGAUGGAGGUCGAGCAAGAAUAGAGCCAGUGAGGCCUAGAGGGCCUAUAAUUAAACAUGACAUGUUAGCUGAUGAACCUGUCGCAGCACCAUCUUCAGACGUUAAUAGAAACGAUAAUAAUUAUGGUUUCUCGGGACCGAUGGAAGUGGCCUAUCCUGAUAUCCCGUACGCUCCAGCCUAUGGAUAUAGACACGGAUAUGCUGGACAAAAUAACUAUGACGUUUAUGGAAAUAGUGAUGAGUUUAUGGAACCAGAUACUUCAUCUUUUGGACUGCUUUGGAGCCAAGUACCUGAUUCAAGGACAUUGGUGAACUACGCUGGUAGGACUGUUAGUUGGGUGUUCAGUAGCAUUUUCGUCUUAAUGCUCGGUUCUUUCCUUACUAUUGGACUUUGUACCUACACUGAUCUAUGCAAGAUUACGUUGACCGGCGUUGGUCCAAUCCAUGAAGAGAUGAGGUCCCUAAUAACACCAGAGCGCUUGGAAAAAAUUAGUAAUGCGGCUGACUUUGUAAAAACUGCAAUCAAUAAAUAUCAAACAAUUCAACGUGUACCCGAACCGGGCACAAGGAAGCGUCGUUCAAUUGUCUAUUAA